AUGCAAACAGCGGAUAGAGGCUCGACAAAGAGGUCGACUAGAGCGUCGGCCUCACAUACAGAUGAGGAUGGAGAAUCACAACAGAAGGUGGUCUACGUUGAAGACCCUCCACAACCAUCACGUUGGCUAUCUGCCGAGUUCUUGUUCUACUAUGUAAUCAUCUUUGUUGGUUACUACAUGUGUCUGAAAAUGAUGCUAACAAGAGCAGAGGAAUAUAAUAGUGGAGGAAAGGAGAAUGAAGGUAUAGUUGAUGGAUGGUUCAUGGGUCGCAAGCAAGACUUGUCGGAUACUCAAUACAGGAUAUGGCGUGAGAACUUCCCAUUGCUGUCAAUUGGACUGUCGUUGUUUGUGGCAGCGAGCACACUUAUUCGCAAGACCUACCCUGAUGAUACCAAGAAGCGUCUAUGGUUCUAUAACAUUGUUUCUUUGUUGUUCUUGAUAUAUGUUCAUGGAUCGGCUACAUUCAUUGUGCUGGCCAUUGCACUGACCAACUUCUCAAUCUCCCGCGUGUUUGCCGAGUCCAAGGCCCUGCCUUGGGCCACAUGGACAUUCAACAUGUUCAUCCUGUGGACGUCGUAUCUGUACUCUGGCUAUCGCUUCUCCUCGAUCCCGAUGCUGGGCAUCUACGGACCGAUGCUGGACAGCUACACUGGCUUCCUGUCGUGGGAGACCUACUUCAAGGUGUCGAUGCUGCGCUUCAUCAGCUACAAUCUCGACUAUCACUGGAUGCGCAUCAAGCGCCCCGUCGUGGAGCUCAAGGGCAAGAACGCCUAUCUGUGCGUGCAGGAGAAGCACCAGCCGCGCGACCACUACGACCUGCAGCACUUCUUUGUAUACAUCUUCUACAUCCCGCUGUACAUUGCCGGACCGAUCGCGUCCUUUAACGCGUUCAUCGCGCAGCUGUACGCGCCACAAAAGACGUACACGGUGGAGCAGCUCAUCAAGAUGACGGUCAAGAUCCUGCUGGUGUUCCUGGGCCUCGAGAUCUCCCUCCAUUACUGCUACUACUACUCGUUCGACCAGUCCGAGGUGUGGAAGACGUUCCGCGGCGCCGAGGUCGGUCUGACCGGCUACCUCGUGCUCAACUUUAUGUACGUUAAGUUCCUGAUCAUCUGGCGUGUCUUCCGUCUGUUUGCCCUGUUCGAUGGCAUCGACACGCCCGAGAACAUGAACCGUUGCGUCAACAACAACUACACCUUCACAGGCUUCUGGCGCUCGUGGCACGGAAGCUUCAACAAGUGGACUGUUCGCUAUCUCUACAUCCCACUAGGUGGCAAGAAGACUCAACAUCUAACCAUCUGGCUCAUCUUCUUCUUCAUUGGACUAUGGCACGACCUCUGGUGGAGCUGGGUCGCCUGGGCACUCCUUAACUGUGUCUUCUUCACCAUCGAGAUUGGCAUUAUGUUCUACUUCUACUCUCCAAAGAAACUACCACUUCGUAAGAAAUGGUAUUGGAGAUAUAUUGUUGCUUUGGCAGGUACAUUCAACAUAUUCUUGCUGAUGGUUGCCAAUCUUGCUAUCUUGCAUGGCUUUGAGAACUCGAUACUAUUCAUCAAGAAUGCAUUCUUUAUCGAAGGUGGUCCAUUGGCAUUCGUCAUCGCCUAUUGUUGGCUAUACACUGGUAUUGCCGCAAUGUUUGAGAUUAGAGAAGGUGAGAAGCGAUCAAAGGAAAUAAAGCCAUUCUAA